AUGGGAAAGGAUUUGCGAAGCUUGUCUCCUUUAUCCUCUGAAUGUGUUAUUUAUAAAGUUCCUAAGCGACUACGCCAUGUCAAGAAAAGUGCCUACACACCUAAGGUAGUCUCCAUUGGCCCACUUCAUCAUGGUGGUGAUCAAGGCAUAAGAGCCAUGGAAGAACAUAAAUUGAGGUACCUCGGAGAUUUUAUUCAAUGGACCAGCAAAAGCUUGGAGUUUUUUCAUGACUUUGUAAGGAAGAAGGAAGCAAAACUUCGUGGUUGUGAUGCAGAAACCAUGCAGUUUAGCAUUGAUGAAUUUGUCAAAAUCAUUCAAGUGGAUGCUGCCUUCGUCGUUGAGCUUUCGUUCUUCAUUCUUGAGGAUCUUUUUGGAGAAGUACACCGGUCGCAAAACGACGGGGAGGUGACGGCGACCCUUACCAUCAAUAUGCUUACAGUAAAGUUUUUCAAAAGCCGAAUGGAAUCUCUAGGAAUGGAAGAUAGAUGGGAAGAGAUCUCUUCUGGUGAUUUUGAAAUUAACCAUUUUGUUGAUCUCCUACGACACGUGCAAUUAAAGCCUGUUAAGGAAAGUAGUGAAAGUGAUGAAAUGAAACUGAAAAAACAAACCACACCCAGUGUGACAAAGCUACACCAGGCCAGAGUCACGUUUCAGGUGCCGAGAAGCAGAAAUCUAUUUGACAUAAAAUUUGAUAAAAAGAAAAGGAUACUGCUAGUUGAAACUUGCAAGGAUAUAGACUUGCUGGUGAAGCAUGAAAUUGUUGAGAAUAGGCUUAGCAACAAUUGA